CAAAACUCAAACAAAAAAACCUUUUUACAACGUUGUUGUUUCUUUUUCAUUGGUUCUUUUCUCUCUCAUCUUGAAGCACCCUGUUAUUAGUAUCAACUUUCCCUUUUACUGAGAUUUUUUAUUCUCAUUCUCUCGCAAAGCAAAACCCACCACGUUCCUAUACUGUUGUGAGUGAAUGAUGAAUCAUCAAUGACAUGAAAAUUUUCAUCUUUUCAUGCUUACCCAGAAUCACACAACAAAUAAAGUUUAGAUUUUUUUCAUAACCCUUCGAUUUUUCAAUGAUAUCAUAGUUGUUACUUGUGUUGGGCUGCAGAAAUUUUCUCUUUUUAUUUAGUUUUGAUCUAUUCUUUGAUAUAGGGUUUCAUUAAUUUGAAUAGUGUGUAUUUAUGAGCAUGACAGUUUUGUUUUGAUCUGGUUUUGUUUAUGGAAAGUGAGUUUUUUGUUUUUGUUUUUGUUUUGGGAUUUGGUUGUGUAUGAAGUUACACAAGUAACAAGAUCUUAGAUUUGAUUGUAAGAGAAGAAGAAAACUAUGCUUCCUACUAGAUUGGAGGAAGGGAAGGACCCUGCUGCAAUAGCUACAUUAAGAGUGACACACACAAGGCAAUUUCCUUUGAGGCUUUUGCAGUUUUUCUUACUCUUUCUGAUAAUUGGAAUUGGUGGUUCAUUUCUUAGUAUGUAUAUGAUUAGGCAUUUCGGUAUUUAUAAUGUGGCUUUCGUCCAAUCGUCGUCAUCGCGUAAGCCUUGUUUUCAGAGGCCGGCGGUUGUGGAGAAUUGGUUUAAGGCUCCUUCUAGUUUGUUGCAUAGUAUGAGUGAUGUUGAACUCUUCUGGAGAGCUUCUUUUGUUCCGAGGAUUCAGAGUUAUCCGUUUAAAAGAACUCCGAAGAUCGCGUUUAUGUUCUUGACCAAGGGACCUUUGCCAAUGGCACCACUUUGGGAGAGGUUCUUUAAGGGACAUGAGAAGCUUUAUUCCAUCUAUGUUCAUUCGUUGCCGUCUUACAAUGCUGAUUUUCCGCCAUCGUCGGUUUUUUAUCGGAGACAGAUCCCCAGCCAGGUGGCGGAAUGGGGAAUGAUGAGUAUGUGUGAUGCCGAAAGAAGGCUUCUAGCGAAUGCAUUGCUUGAUAUCUCGAACGAAUGGUUUGUUCUUCUAUCCGAGGCCUGCAUCCCUAUCCAGAACUUCAGCAUUGUAUACCGUUACUUGUCGCGGUCAAGGUAUAGCUUUAUGGGCGCAGUUGAUGAACUUGGGCCUUACGGAAGAGGACGCUACGAGGAAAACAUGAAACCUGAAAUCAACCUGAGCGACUGGCGUAAAGGGUCUCAGUGGUUCGAAAUUAAUCGAGAACUUGCAGUUAGGAUAGUUGAAGACAGGACUUACUAUCCAAAACUCAAAGAGUUUUGCGUACCGCACAAAUGCUAUGUGGAUGAACACUAUUUCCAGACAAUGUUAAACAUUAAUACUCCUCAUCUUCUGGCGAAUCGGAGCCUCACUUAUGUCGAUUGGUCAAGAGGCGGUGCUCACCCGGCUACGUUUGGGAAGAACGACAUCAAAGAGGAAUUCUUCAAGAAAAUUUUGCAGGAUCAGAAGACAUGUCUUUAUAAUAACCAGCCAACUUCACUUUGUUUCUUAUUUGCUAGAAAAUUUUCACCUAAUGCUUUAGGUGCUCUCUUAGAUUUAGCACCGAAAGUUCUAGGAAUAGGAAAUUAGUCUCGCUUCUGAGUCGCAGCAUCCUUGAAGGAGCGCCAUUUGGAGCGUGUUAGUUAGCUAUCAGUUUACUCCAUUUCGACCGCAUAAUGUUUUGCAGAAAUUUUGAGUUGCUCUUAUGGCAUUUAGACGUGUAGGUCAUUGAAUUUAAACCAUAUAUUUUUAUACUAGUAUUAGUCAAAUUGUAGACUAGCAUUUUAUUGGAUUACUUGUUAAUCAAAAAAAUAUUUUAGUUAUCUGUUUGGAAUA